ACAAAAAGAAAAUAACAUUUUUAUUUGUUUUAGUCAUCAAUUAUUUUGAUAUUAUUGUGUAAUUCUAUUAUUUUGUUAAGUCAUGGUUAUGAUUGUAGUGUGCCAGUGUGGUAGGUACUCUACCACCGUGUCUUGUAUAGUUGUUUUAUUGUGUUUAUACCUUCAAAGUAAAAAAAAACAUUUAUAUCCUUGCGCAUACACAUGAUAAUUGUAUCAACGAUGUCAUGUCUUAAUAUCAUAAUAUCAAUUAUCACAUACAUGCAUAGUAUAUACAUCGUUUUUGUGAAAAUAAAUGAAAAAUACGUUUUAAAACGCCGUCAGAUGUCUUGUGGUAUGUAGGUACUACAUUUUAUUUCGUUCGGUUUGUUAAUACGGGCGAUGAAUGAUGACAUGUUUAUUUACAAUUUGUAAUUGUAUUAAUUAAAUUUAAAAAAAAAGCAGCCAGAGAUUAAAACUGUUAUUCGUUACAACUGCAACUAUUUCAUAAGUACAUUGUAAAUAGACAGUCUUAAACGAGUGAAAAUAUAUAAUAUAUUUUUUGGUGUAUUAUCACGGUACAAUUGAAGUGUUUGAAAUAAAAAAUGUGACUUACAACAACAAAUUACUUAAUUAACUAACUAUAUACAUCCAGCAAUAACGUUUAUGAUGUCUUCUCCAAAGAUUAGGUACCAGAAUUAUCGGAGUUCGCAGCAAGAGUCUCCGUAUGGUGACCUAAAAAUCAACAGGUCGGUAAAAAUAAGAACGCCCGUUUGGUAUGCCUGCACUGGAGGAGAUGUUAAAGUCGAAGUGCAACCCGUCGACAUAAAUGAGCAGCAAAAUCCGCGGCAAUUGGCUGCUACAACAGCGUUAAUUGCACUAGCUGGUUGGAUAGCGGAAUACGUCAAGCGGGGAGACUUGCAGAGCGAUCACGCCGACAGAAACCUCAGAGGACAACAACAAUAUUCCGGACUGACAAACUAUACUCGCACAGUUGGAAAUCGUCCAGAAUACUACUGGAAAAUCCACCAAAGUCGAAGAGACUCUGCGCACAUACUGGCAGACUGCCACCGGCUCUUCUGCUGACCAGAAAUACCAUAUUAUGUUCUAUC